ACGGCGCAGUGCUGCCGCCAGCCCGGGCCGUGCCGUGCCGUGCCGUGCCGCGGGCAGAGACGGGGGCGAUGGACCCCGACGGGGAGGACCUGUCCCGGCUGCGCGCCCUCUUCCUGUCUUGCGACGCCAACGGCUCGGGCCGCAUCGAGCGGGAGGACUUCGCGGCGCUCUGCGCCGAGCUGCGGGUGCGGCCGGAGGAGGCCGAGGCCAUCUUCCAGCGCCUCGACAGCGACCGCGACGGGGCCAUCACCUUCCCGGAGUUCGCCCGCGGCUUCCGCGGCGCCACCCGGCGGCGGCCCGGAGCCGGCCGCGGGGAGCCACGGGACGGGGGAGACGACGAGGGGGAGACGGCAGCGGCAUGGGCCGCCGCGGGGCUGGAGCAUCCCUGGAGGGACUUCGAGGUCCGGCUGGGGGACGAGGCAAGGUUCAUUCCCAGACAAGAGCAAGUCAGUGUUCUGUAUCAGAACAUACACAUAGUGGAACCAAGAUUAAUCCAGCCGUACGAACAUGUCAUUAAGAACUUCAUCCGAGAGAUCAAGCUUCAAAGCACAGAGAUGGAAACCUUGGCCAUCGCUGUCAAAAGAGCUCAGGAUAAAGCGGCAGUUCAGCUCACUGAGCUGGAGGAAGAGAUGGAACAACGGAUACAGGCUGCGGAGCAUAAAGUUAAAAAGGAAGAGAAACGAAAAGCUGAAGAAGCACUAAAUGAGUUGAAGCGCCAAUAUGAUACUGAAGUUGGGGAUCUCCAGGUGACAAUAAAAAAACUUAGAAAGCUGGAGGAGCAAUCCAGAAACAUAAAUCACAGGGAAGAUGUGGUUGAGCUGAAAAAAAGAAUACAUGAUAUGUUGCUGGAAAAUCAGAAACUUAAGAAAGAUCUCCUAGAAGCACAGACAAAUAUUGCUUUUCUACAGAGCGAAUUAGAUAGCUUGAAAAGCGAGUAUGCAGAUCAGACUUUAAACACGGAGAGAGACCUAGAAAUGAUCCGUGAGUAUACUGAAGACAGGGAUAAUCUGGAAAGACAAAUUGAGAUGCUUCAAUCAGCUAACAGAAAACUACAUGACAGCAAUGACGGUUUAAGAAGUGCACUUGAAAACAGUUUCAGCAAGUUCAACAGGUCAUUGCGGUUAGCAAACACCUCACCAGGAAGUACCAUUUCUAGAAGCAGUCCCAAAUGCAGUGGUGGACAGUCUCCUCUAAACCCACAAUAUGACAGAUCAUCUCAUUCUUCAUGUGUGGAUGAAGAUUAUGAUUCUUUAGCCCUCUGUGACCCCAUGCAAAGGAUAAACUGUGAAGUUGACAGCUUACCUGAGAGCUGUUUUGACAGUGGUUUGUCUACUCUGAGAGAUUCAAAUGAAUAUGAUUCAGAAGUGGAAUACAGGCAACAAAGACUUUUUCAAAGGUCGCAGUGUAUGCAAGAAGGCUUUGGUGGUGAUGCUUCUGAUACAGAUGUUCCAGAGAUCAGGGAUGAAGAAGCAUACAGUCCUGAUAAUGGCAGUACAAUAUUAGAUUGGAAGCCCUCAAGACCAGUAAGUCGAAGCAGCUCAGUUGCUUCAACAAGGAAAUACAUAUCUGCUCUGAUUCCUCAGUCAGGUGCAACAGAAUGUACUCCAAAAUACCCAAGUUCAGAGAAGGCUUACAAGAUUGUUCUUGCUGGAGAUGCAGCAGUGGGAAAAUCCAGUUUCCUUAUGAGACUUUGCAAGAAUGAAUUUAGAGGCAAUACCAGUGCAACCCUAGGGGUGGAUUUUCAAAUGAAAAGACUAAUUGUUGAUGGAGAACCUACAGUGCUACAGCUGUGGGACACGGCUGGGCAGGAGAGAUUCCGAAGUAUUGCUAAAUCAUACUUCAGAAGAGCAGAUGGUGUCUUACUGUUAUAUGAUGUAACAUGUGAAAAAAGCUUUCUUAAUGUGCGAGAGUGGGUGGAUAUGAUUGAGGAUGCAACUCAUGAGAAUAUUCCAAUUAUGAUGGUAGGAAACAAAGCAGAUCUCCGUCAAGCAGUUACAGAACAAGGGCAAAAAUGUGUGCCUAUAAACUAUGGAGAAAAGCUGGCUAUGACUUAUAAUGCACUCUUCUGUGAAACAAGUGCUAAAGAUGGAUCUAAUAUUGUAGAAGCAGUUCUUCAUCUUGCUCGUGAAGUGAGAAAACGAAGUGAUAAUCAAGAUGAUACGAGGUCAAUAACCAGCUUGGCUGGGAUGCCUGUCAAAAAAUCAGCACUCACAAAAAGCUGUUGCAAUGUUUAAGUGACAGACUCUUGACUUAAAGAACUCAUAUACAUAU